CCAGAACAAUGAAUGCCAACCGUUAGAAAAUAAUUUGCGAUCGUUACUAAGGUCAAUGAAGACUGAAGUUAGUUUGUAAGUUAAUCGGUCACUCAGUCAGUCGUACAUCAGCGUUUGAAAAUAAUCUAAUUUGUGGUACUUUGUGCAGCAUUCUUAUACCCUCGUGAAUUUAUAAAUUUUGUAUCAUUUAUACAUUAAGAUACCAAAAUGGCUACAGAUGCAAAGAAGAGGGUAUGCAUUGUAGGAAGUGGUAACUGGGGCUCAGCUAUUGCAAAAAUUAUUGGUGCCAAUGUAGUAAAAUUUAAUAAUAAAUUUGAAACACGCGUGACAAUGUAUGUUUACGAAGAAAUAGUGAAUAGCCAAAAAUUGAGUGAUAUUAUCAAUCAAUUACAUGAAAAUGUGAAAUAUCUUCCUGGGCACAGACUUCCAGAAAAUAUUGUUGCUGUUCCAGAUAUCAUUGAAGCUGCAAAAGAUGCAGAUAUUCUUAUUUUUGUAUUACCUCAUCAAUUCAUAAGAACACUGUGUGCAACUUUACUCGAUAAAAUUAAACCUACUGCAGUCGGAGUAUCACUAAUUAAAGGUUUUGAUCGAGGGGAUGGAGUAAAUAUCGAACUUAUCUCUAAAGUCAUUGAAAAAAAUUUAAGAAUUCAAUGCUAUGUUUUAAUGGGUGCCAAUUUAGCUAAUGAAGUUGCUGAAGAGAAGUUUUGCGAGACAACUAUUGGCUGUAGAGACAAACGUCUGGCUCCACUUUUAAAGGAUCUUAUUCAAACCCCUAAUUUUAGAGUUUCAAUUGUUGAAGAUUGCGAAGCAGUUGAAGUAUGUGGUGCUUUGAAAAAUAUUGUGGCAUGUGCUGCUGGUUUUGUAGAUGGUAUAGGAUUAGGUGAUAAUACAAAAGCAGCUAUUAUUAGACUUGGAUUAAUAGAAAUGGUUAGAUUUGUAGAUACAUUUUAUACUGGCUCAAAACUUGCAACAUUUUUCGAAAGUUGUGGUGUAGCAGAUUUGAUAACUACAUGCUAUGGUGGAAGAAAUCGUAGAGUUUGCGAACAAUAUGUUAAAACUGGCAAAACUAUUAGACAACUUGAGGAAGAACUUUUAGCUGGUCAAAAAUUACAAGGACCAGCUACAGCCGAUGAAGUUCACGGAAUGUUAAAAGCUCGUAAUUUAACAGAUAAAUUUCCAUUGUUCACUACAAUACAUCGCAUCUGCACUGAACAAAUACGACCAGCAGAUUUAAUUAAUGAAAUACGUGCUCAUCCAGAACUACCGUUAGUACUAAAAUUAACUUUAUUUAUAAUAAUUCGUUAAAUUUGUUAAAUUUUCUAAAUUAAUUUUACAAAAUAAAUUCCUAUUAGGUUUGCACCAAAAACAUUAUAUUUAUAUUAAAAACUAUUUUUUUUUAUUUUUUUUUAUUGAGAACUGUUAAAAUUGUUCUUUAACAAAUGAAAACCCAUUUAUAUCGGGACAUAACAAAUAGUAUACUAAUACUAUACAUAAUAAUAAUUUACUAACGUAUCAACAUAUAAGGAUAACAUUCCAAAAGUAAGUAAUAUUUCGAAAUAAAUUUUUUUAAUUCAAAUAUAUAAUUUAUAAAUAUUUAUUAAUUUAAAAAUAUUAUUUAUGUUUUUUUUAGAACGAUUGGAGACGAGCAGAAUGCAUAAUUGAAUUAAUUAAUUAAUAUAUAAACGUUAUUUUCUGUUAACGUCAGUAUCACAAAUCAAUUAGAAAUUAUUAAAAACAAAAAAUCAAUAGAAAAAAUAUAUAAUAUAAUAUAUAAUAUAUUAAAAUAUAUAAUUUUGCAGAUAUUUUGCAAUAAUUAGUUUUUACAUUAUUUAUAAUUGCUUUCAAUUACAAUAUUGUUUCCUCUUUAAGAUAAAUAUACAAUUGUAUUGUAAAAUAUAUAAGAAAAUAAUAAAUAUAAUUCUUCUAAAAUAAUUUGUAAUUUGAUAAUAAAUUAUUAAUAUUAUUAUA